GGAGGAGGCCGGCGAAGAGGGGAGGGCGAGGCGAAGCGGAACGGCCAGCAGGUCGAGAUCGAGAGAGCUUGAGGCUCUAGGCGUCGGCGAUUGCGGCCCGAAAAGUCUAAAUAUUGUGAGAAGUCCUUCCAGAUUCGUCUUCUAAGUCCUUCCUCAUCUGCAUCUGCUUCUAGGCGGCGUUGAACUUAUCUGAGCUCGUCGGAUCGGAGAGAGAAGUUCAGUUUUUUUUAGACCAAUCUCAAUUUCGACGAUCUGAACACUGCUGAUGAGGAAGGGCCGCGCGCAUGUGGGGCGGCCGGCGGCAGCCGCGCCGACGGCGGUGGAGAUACGGUUCCGUGGCGUGAGAAAGCGGCCGUGGGGCCGGUUCGCGGCGGAGAUCCGCGACCCGUUGAAGAAGACGAGGGUCUGGCUCGGCACCUUUGAUUCUGCCGAGGACGCCGCCCGAGCUUACGAUGCUGCGGCCCUGGCCCUACGAGGUCCCAAGGCCAGGACUAAUUUCCCCUCCUCCGCGUCCACUUUCCUAAUUCCGCCUCUCCUCCCCUUGACGGCUUCCGGUCAUUUCCCUUAUCAUCACCAGCAUCACCAACCUUCGCCCCCUGCUCCGCGGCCGGCCUCUAGCAGCCACAGCAGCACCGUGGAGUCCUUCAGCGGGCCGAGGCUGCCCCCCUCCGCGUUUCCCAUCCGAGCGAGGCAAUCAAUGAGCAAGCGACAGGCCAAACCCCCUCCUCCACCGCGCGUGCUGAACGGCGACGGUGAUUUCCACAGCGACUGUGGAUCCUCCCCCAUCGUAGAUGAUGACGUCGGCGACGUCGUAUCAUGUUGUCGGAAGGCGCUGCCCUUUGAUCUCAACCUCCUUCCUGACGAAGACUUCCAGGACACAGUUCUCCACCUCUGAUGUGCGUUCUGUCCGCCGAGAGAAGAUACCAAAUAGAUUAAAAAAUUGUUUUUUUUUCUUCUCUCCUUAUGAUUUCCCAUAUCUUCUUUCACAAAUACAUUCGACUUAGGUUUUAAUACCUAGAUCUAAAUGUACGGGGUUGGAUUUGAGGUGUGAUAGCAAUUAUGAGGGGUAGGAUUAUGGAUCGGGUAGUAUUUUGAGACCAGAUUUGAGGUUUGUCUUGGAUCUGUUGCUCUUGUUUUCAUUAUUCAAUGUACAAACAAAUCUCUAUUCAAUUAAGAGAAAAAAAAAAUUGAAGAAGAAUCUAACUUUA